AGGAGGAAGACAAUGAAGUGAAAGAGGAGGAGGAGGAGGAGGAAGAUGAAAACUGAACAAUGAGCUGGAUAUAGAGUGUGGAUGGGUACUGGGUAGGGCGGCGUUGGGCACUGGGCAGGCGGGGACAGCGUGGUGCUGCAGGAACUGAGCUGAAAGUAAUGCCAAGUUCAUGAACAAGAGGCAAGCACAUUAUCGCUCUAGUAGCAGCAGGGCUGGAUGUGAAGGAGGCAGCAAAGAGUGGAGGCAGCAAUUCUAGCAGCACCUCAAGAUUGAAGGAAUGAGCAGCCAAGAAGUUUCCUAUCCGCAAGAGCAGAAUGGUGCUGUGCCUGGUGAGACAGGGAAGCGAGAUGAGAACCUCAAACGUGGCAACUGGGGCAACCAGAUCGAGUUUAUUCUCACCAGUGUCGGUUAUGCUGUCGGACUUGGCAAUGUGUGGCGUUUCCCUUACCUCUGCUAUCGCAAUGGAGGAGGUGCUUUCAUGUUCCCCUAUUUCAUCAUGCUGGUCUUUUGUGGGAUUCCCCUUUUCUUCAUGGAACUUUCAUUUGGACAGUUUGCCAGCCAAGGCUGCCUCGGUGUCUGGAGGAUUAGCCCCAUGUUCAAAGGUAUUGGGUACGGUAUGAUGGUGGUGUCCACCUACAUUGGAAUCUAUUACAAUGUUGUGAUCUGCAUCGCCUUCUAUUAUUUCUUCUCAUCAAUGACACGGGUGCUGCCCUGGACAUAUUGCAAUAAUCCCUGGAACACCGCUGAUUGCACCGGAGUGUUGGACGUUACCAAUGGCUCAACUGCUUCACCAGUCAACUUCACACAAAUAUUCAACCAGACACUCAAGCGCACUAGCCCCAGUGAGGAAUAUUGGAGGCGGUAUGUAUUGAAGCUGUCUGAUGACAUUGGGAAUCUAGGCGAGGUCCGACUUCCUUUGCUGGGCUGUUUGGGUGUCUCCUGGAUCGUCGUCUUCCUUUGCCUCUUCAAAGGUGUCAAGUCCUCAGGGAAAGUUGUGUAUUUCACGGCCACCUUCCCGUACGUGGUGCUGACAAUCUUAUUUGUGCGGGGAAUAACCCUUGAAGGAGCCGUCACUGGUAUCAUGUACUACCUGACACCACAGUGGGACAAAAUCCUCAAUGCAAAGGUAUGGGGAGAUGCAGCCUCCCAGAUCUUCUAUUCGUUGGGCUGUGCCUGGGGUGGGCUUAUCACCAUGGCAUCAUACAACAAGUUCCAUAACAACUGCUACAGAGACAGCAUCAUCAUCAGCAUCACGAACUGUGCCACAAGUGUCUACGCAGGCUUUGUCAUCUUCUCCAUCCUUGGCUUCAUGGCCAACCAUCUAGGGGUGGAUGUUUCCAAGGUGGCUGACCACGGUCCUGGCUUGGCCUUCGUGGCUUACCCUGAGGCAUUGACCCUGCUUCCUAUCUCCCCUCUUUGGUCGGUUCUCUUCUUUUUCAUGCUCAUCCUGUUGGGGCUAGGAACACAGUUUUGUCUCCUAGAGACUCUUGUUACUGCUGUUGUGGAUGAAGUAGGGAAUGACUGGAUCAUCCGGCGGAAAACCUUUGUGACUCUGGCAGUGGCUGUGGUGGGCUUUUUGCUCGGUGUUCCACUCACCACACAGGCUGGUAUCUACUGGCUAUUGUUGAUGGACAACUAUGCAGCAAGCUUCUCACUUGUUGUUAUUUCAUGCAUCAUGUGUGUUGCCAUCAUGUAUGUCUAUGGACACCGGAACUACUUCAAGGACAUUGAGAUGAUGCUGGGUUUCCCACCACCCCUUUUCUUCCAGAUCUGCUGGAGAUUCAUCUCUCCCGUUAUCAUCUUUUUUAUCCUUGUGUUCACGGUGAUCCAGUAUCGGCCCAUCUCCUACAAUGCAUAUGUCUACCCCACCUGGGCCAUCACUAUUGGUUUUCUCAUGGCGCUCUCGUCAGUCAUCUGCAUCCCUAUUUAUGCAGUGUUCUGCAUCAUGCGCUCUGAAGGGGAUUCGCUGCUACAGCGUUUGAAAAACGCAACCCGGCCCAGCCGUGAGUGGGGUCCAGCUCUUCUGGAGCACCGGACAGGCCGCUACGCACCAGUGCUCAGCUCUUCCACAGAGUCCCAGUUGGAAGUGCAGCUGCUGAACCCUGAAAAACCCAAAAGCGACGAGGCUGGCAUGGCUGUUGCCAUCACCGUCGGAAGCAAUGGCUCAACUCACAGCCAGGACUCCAAGAUCUGAACCUUAGCCUGGGAGGCAGGGCAGGGAAUUCUCCUUGUACCUCCUCUUUCCCACCUGCUCUGGUCCUCAAAACCCUACUCUGCUCAAUCUACUACAGUGCCCCCCACUGGGUGGGGGAGCCCUGGCUCCCAGGCUGUGCCGGACUCUGGGGGAGGGGUCUGUGAGUUCCCGCCCACCCACCUCAUUAGUGCCCUGUUCGCCCUGUGCCAUCUUGUAACCCUCAUGUUUACAGUAAUGAUCAGAUGGCCCCUAUUCACAGCCAGGACCAGGGUCAGAGAUGUGGGGAGGCUGUGCACUGGCUGAAGAGUCGGGGAGGGUGCCUUGAAGGGUACCAGGAGCAGAGACUGUUGAAGCCUCAUUGGUUAUGCAGUCCCUCCCAGAUAGUUUCUGGCAGCUGCACCUGGGCCCAGAGGGUCUGGAAUAUAUGGGGAAUGGUAUGCACCUUACUGCCCUGGAUCAGGGCCAUAGGGACUGGUCCGACAGAGAAGAUAUGACAUUAUCAAUGGGAGGGGUGAGGGCAGGCAGGUGGUGGGGUGGGAGUAGUAAAUCUAAUCCAGUCAUUCUUGGCAAAGCUCAGCCAUGGACUAGGUGGCCUUUAGCUGGUUGAUGCCCCUGACAGAGGUCUUCCAGAGAGAUGCAUUGAAGACUGCACACCAUCCAACCACACAGAGACCUUCCCAGUUUCCUUGCCCUCUCUUAUAUCUAGGAAAAGUGAGGUAGUAACAUCCCAUAGGAAGUUCUUCCUUUAAUUCCUGUUAGAGGGAACAUUCUUGUUAGAAACACUUUAAGAAGAUUUGACAUACUAGUAAUUUCUGUAAGAUCCCCUCCUCAGGGGAUUACAUCCAGAGAAGGGUUGGCUGGAAGCACCACUAACCAAUGAAGACACAAGCAUGCAACAACCUCUCAUCUGGCCUAGUACAUCCAGAAACCAUCCCUCUUAUCCACUUACACAUACACACCCAGAGAAGCAUACAUCAGAGCUUUGAGGUUAUUUUGGACUAAAGUCCCCAGAAUCUCCUGGCCAGCGUGAUUACUGUCCAUGCUGGAUAAGAAAUUCUGGGAGGUGUAGUCUAAAUCAGUCACACUUCCAAGCUCUGAAAUAAACAUACAAUAUCUCCCUGGCUCACAUAGAAUAUGGUUAGCUGAGAGACUGGAUGCACUUUGUGACUGCAACUCUCUAGGACAGUCCCACUGUCUAUGGGUAGCACUAGGCAAGACACUACAUGUGGCUCUGCAAUAGGUUUGCAGUCUUGGACUGUGCUGAAUCUUCUGGAUGCUCAGCCAAGUCCAUUGGUCUUGCUAUUGAUUCUGGCAGAGCCGAUGCCAGAGCUAACAUUCUGAAGCACUAUUUCUACACUCUUCUCUUGAAGAGUAUCAUGUGAAAAUGAAAGCAGGUCUCUCUACUGGAAAGAGACCAUUGGGACCUAGCCCUGCCCCAUCCAAUAGGGAAAGGAGCAGAGCCAACCAUGGUGCUAAGGGCAGGUGAUGUGCCAAGAUCCUUCCCACACCAUUUGGGAGAAGCACAAAAAAACAAAAAAGCACAACUUUUUCUUACCCUCUGUUCCUAGCCAAGCGUAGGCUUUUUAUGGCUCAUUUCUCCAGUAUUAGUGGGGUGGGUGGAAACCCUACACCCUCCAUGCUGCAGGCAAGGAGGGGCUGUCCAGAAGCAUCUGCGCCACAUAUGGUUGUAAAACUUCCUAACACAUAGCAGGGCCAUCACUGGCUCAAAUGGGUAGGAGUUACUAAUGGUUCUGUCUUCUGGUCUCAUCACCCCUUGUUUCCGUUUCAGUGUUGCUGCCUGCACUUUAUCCCCUAGAGAUGUUUUGGAGGAGGAGACAGGAGUCACCAUCCUACCCUCUGCCCUGGGGCAAUGAUGCCAAGUCAUGUACCAAUGCCAAACAGUGCAUGUUGGGGGCACCCCUCAGCUCCCAAUUGUGCACAAUUGCUGCAGUUGUAGCUGCGGUGCCAACAGCAAGGGCACGUCUGGUCCCUAUCCAUGUGGUACCUGCCCCAGCCAGUGACACAGGCAUAGUGCCCAGUGUAUAAGUGCCAAAUGUCUGCAUCAUAAGCUGACAGAAGGAGAACAGAUAGCUCUAUGCCAUGAUGGUACAUUAGCCCUAAGCCUCCAACACCCACUCCCUUCCCUCCUCUGCGCCGAAAAUGCACUAUUUAAUGCAUGGUUCCAUGUCUGUCCUUCCCUCCUGUGUAGAGUGUGGGAAUGGCCAUUUGCCACCUCUCAUUGUUCAUAGCAAUAAUUGUGAUGCGUUUCCCAUACUGUGACUCUCCCAGUUGUAGAUUUUUAAAGUCCAAUAGAUUUUAAUGAAAUUUAUAUUCCUGGA